GGCCUUGGCGGGGCCCGAGCCGGAUCAAGAGCAGCCAGGGCCCAGCUCGGCGACCGGAACCGGGGCCGAGGUCGAGGCCAGGGCCGCCGCCCGCGUGGCGCAGGCCACGAGGUUCAGCAUCACCGGUUCGCAGUUCCGAAUCAAGCCAAAAUGUGUGACAAACCAGACCUCUCUGAAGUGGAAAAAUUUGACAAGAAAAAGCUGAAAAAGACCAGCACAGAAGAGAAGAAUACUCUUCCUUCCAAGGAAACCAUCGAACAGGAGAAGGAAAGCGUUAAGUCUUCCUAGGGAUGGGGCGUCCCUUCCCAGCAACAGAAUCGAGUGCUUCCAGAGUUUAUUGUUUCGCCUUUAAUAGUCUUUGUUUGCUUAGAUGUUUAGUCUUUUAGGCUGCUUUCAUCUCUUUACCCAGUGUUUCCUAACCAUCCCCCAUCCUGUGCUUAUCUGAAGAGGGAGAUGAUUCAUGAAGGGGAAGUAAGAAAGAUGUUAACAAUAGUAAACGUGUUAACAAAGAAAGCUUGUGAAUGUGCAGACCAUUUAGCAUAUAUUAGGCUUAUGCCUCAUUUCACUCCCCUCCUUUCCCCUCCCUGCCCCACUCCAUUUUCUGUGCAUUGCUUAUAGGGUAAUUAGUGUGUUUUCCUUGCCUUUACGAUUAUUAAAUUUUCUUCUAUACUUAAUAUAAUAUCUAAUAAGAAAUAAAUGUUAUGGAUUGUGGUGGAAA